CAUCAUAUUUUUCGCUACAUUGAGAUUUAAACUUUAAUGUGGAGCAACAUCUUUCUGGUCAAGAGUAGCAGCACGGGUGCUGCUGGUUGGGGCUACUGAACAGUGCCAUGUUAAACUUUCGUGGAAAAUGUAGAGCCGUGUGUUUGUCCCAAGUACAAAAUGUGAUCGCUGUGCUUCUUCUUCUUGCAGAUGAUGACCCCCGCGAGGGAUCCCGCGGGGCUGUGCCCGGGACCCCCUCCCCGGAUGAAGCCCGAGGCGCGGCGCGGGUCGCCGUGCCGGAGCUGACGGGAGCCGCGCAGGCGGCGGCGGGGCCGCGUCUGGGGGCGGAGCCUCAGGGCCCAACCAUGACUGUGGCAGCUGGAGCAGAGGGCACCUCGUCUGGUAACGACCUCACGGUCUUGGCCCCCACCUCGUCCAACGAGGUGCUGGUGGCGGCCGACGAGAGGCUCUACACGCAACCCAGCUGCAUUCCCCAUGGUCGGCCUGAACCCUCCCUGGUGCCAGCUACAGCACGCGAGAACAUCAGCGUGUCUGUGCUGCCUGCACCCCAAGAUGGCGACACCCGCGAGGGAUCCCGCGGGGCUGUGCCCGGGACCCCCUCCCCGGAUGAUGCCCGAGGCACGGCGCGGGUCGCCGUGCCGGAGCUGACGGGAGCCGCGCAGGCGGCGGCGGGGCCGCUAAACCAACCACAACGCUGGGAGUACACUGGGGUGGGUAUUGGAUAAUGAUAGGUGACGUUUCAGGCAAUGGUCCGUCUGCAGAGCACAUCACAGUUGUUUGCCCUUUCAUACCGUCGCCGAUAGAGGGUGGCCCACACGUUAGGACACACAGAUCUUAUUGAUUUAUUUAAACAAAUCACAGAGGAUUGUUUUGUCAUGGUAUUAAUUAUAAUAACAAAAAAAAAGUUAACUUUUAGACUAAAUGAUUAAAACGUUGCAAUUUCAGUGGCACGAUGAAUGAAACUUUUGGGCCAACCUGUAUUUUGCACUCCAAUCAUGUGUUGAUAUUAUUCGUUGUUUUAACAUUCUUACCUGCCCCAACUGGACACCUAUACGAAAGAGCUUUAUAACUCAUCGGAUUCCUCCAGUCUAAAUAUCUAUUCUGAUUCCGAUAAUAAUGUGUAAUAAAUAUAUAAUGUGUGGUUAUAUAUAAAAAAGCGACGUUUCAGGCAAUGGCCUUUCUGCAAAGCACAUCACAAUUGGCCCUUCAUAACGUCACCUAUAGAGGGUAGCCCAAAAGUCAUGCCACAUAGUGUCAUCAUUUUUAUUUUAACAGUUAGAAAGCAUUAUGUUGUUUGUUUUAACAAAUGUUAAAACUGACUUCUGUUUACAUUGAUGCACGAUGCACGAAUGAGCAAUCACAGCUGCCUUCUUUUGCAUACGAAUGACAAUCAAACUCGUUCGUCUCUGGUCAAUUUCCUGUCCAUGUUUUCAAUGUCAUCUGAAAAUGAAGAAGAAAAAUAGAUAUUAAUAAUAACAUCAAGUUCAAGUUCAUUUAUUAGGUAUAGCCCUGUGAGCCAUUCGGCUCUUGAAUCGGGUGCAACCACAACAAACAAAAAAACAUGAACAAGAAAACAUCUUAAAGUGACUAUGUGACUAUUUGCAAACAGAAAAUCCAAAAAAAGACGGCAAAACAUUGCAGAAAAAGCACCGUACACCAACGCUGUGUGCAAAAAUCCCAGUGGGAUGCAAGUCCGGAGUGAAACAUUUUAUUUUAGGCCACUAAAUAGCAGUGGCAGCUCGGGGUGUACAUCUCCUCUAGAGCAGUUUUGAGUGAAGAUAUCAUAGGUAGUGAUUCAAGUUGCAGUUUAUUGGCAAUAGCAUUCCAGACCCUGGGGGCAUCAAUAGAAAAGGCCCUUCCUCCAGUAUUUAUACGGCAAUAGGGAAUCUGAAGUUGGUAAAUGAGCGAAGACCUUAGGUCAAAUUUUUUCUUUGAAACUGAGAGGAAGUCCUGCAGAUAAUCUGCGGAUUUUUUUGUAAGUACAUUAUGAAUAAAAAAGAUCUGGUGUACAAGCCGUCGAACAUUAAGAGAUGUUAAGUUUGACCCAAUGUAGAGAUCACAGUGAUUAGUCCUAUAUGGGCAGUUCAGUGCAAAUCUUAAGGCCGGGGUGAUACAUUGAGUCAAACUUCUUCAAUGCAGUACUUGGGGCUGAUUUAUACACGAUGUCACAGUAAUCAAGUAGAGACAGUAUGGUAGCUUUUAUCAAUUCCAAACGGAACAUAGGGGGGAAGCAGUGCUUGUGUCGAUACAGAAAACCUAUUUCUGUCUUUUUACCAAUAUAAUCAAUGUGAUCUUCAAAAUUCAGUUUUGAAUCAAGGAUGACCCCAAGAUACUUAUAGAUCUUGACUUGCUCUAUUUGAUCAUUAUUUAAGGAAUGUUAUUGGGGAAAAAUAACUUCCCGCUUUAGUCCUGGUGAGGAGCAUCGCGUAAUUGCCCGUCACGUGACGGGUAUUUUCACGUCGUAAACGAUCCACUGUGUUGUGACUUUGUCGAUGACGCCACCUCUGCCGUCUUCCUCCGUUUAAUCGACGUCUUCUUUCGUCUGCGACUCUUCUGGAUUCAUCUGAAUGAACUCAAAAUUACGGAAUGUGACGUACCGAAUGUAAUUUUAUCUUCUCCGAGAGUAAUGUAUAACAAACCUGAAAAUAAAGAAUGAAAAAUUGUAAA